AUUGCUUCAUUUGUUAAUGUACGACCUUGUCUGCUGUCGGGGUCUUAUUCAGCUCACGAGACGGAGCUCUCCACUGUCAUUUCUGGCGAUCACUCACCAGGAUUUCUCCACCCCUUUGUGCAGAGAGAAGGUCCUCUUAAAGGUCCCCCUCAAACGAGGCCGAAGAGCAGCAGAAAUCCACACUUGAGCGUCGCGCUGGGGGUCCACCGCCGUUUACGGCACAGAGCUCCAUUUCAAUUGUCAUUUCUGGCCUUUCUUCGCCAUUUUUACCUCCAGUUGCCCUGCGAGUCUGCAUGAAUGACCACACGUGUGGAGUAAAAGAGACGAGCGUGUGCAGACGUCAACUCCACGAGCAAUAAAGCAGUGCGUAGUGAGGCCAAGUCAGGCAGAGCGGGCUUCUUUGGGCAGGGGGUCUCUCUGCAAUGUUGCCAGGGAUCUCGCAGCGACUGCCAUGCCGGUGACAAGUUGGAAUGAAAGAGGAGCUGCUUGUCUUUACUUGGUCUGACGGCCCCUUGGAAUUUAUCAAUGUGUCAAACGCGCUCCAGCCAAACAUUGCACAUGAAUAUCGAGUGAGAGCCCGCAACGCCAGGGGAUCUGCGGACAGCUUGUGGUUGUCAACACAAACCCUGGAAGCACCGCCACAGGGCAUGGCAGCCCCCUCAGCUCAGACCACCGGUGCCUCAACUGGACACAGCCGGCGUCUCCUACUGGGAUCGUAGCUCAUUAUGCUGUGGUCUAUGAGGUACCAAGAAAUUAUACAGCAACACCUGCUAAUUCUACCCCAGACGUUAAGCGUUCAUCAGAACCUAAAAUUUGGAAAUAUGGGCAAGCAUUAGAGGAUCAGGGCUUCAUCAAAGUGAACAGGGAUAGGAUUCUGUGUCCGUCUCCCCUCGGCCUGCGUGCUCUCUUUGUUCUGGACAAUAGGCGUAAAUUAUUCAGCGGCAAGUCAUCCGACACCGGCUCCAACACAGCCGAUCUGUUUAAUGCAGCUGAUGGCAGCCCAAGGCAGACCCCGUCGAAGGCGUUCACUGUGCGAGUCAAAUAUGGAGUAAGAAAUGCCAUGGAGGUGCUGAAAUCGACAGCUGGGAGCAGGAACAGGAGCGAGACCACCAUCUUCUGUUGCUGCCUUUCAUGACGUCCACAGCCACCCCAAGAGAUUACAGGGGUCCGCCAUCUUUACGUGACACAAGAAUCAAAACAAAAGGCAAGAGAAGCCGACCUGACAAGCUCUUCAGCUCCCAGAGAAGGGACCCGGCCCUGAAAGGUGUGAGCUUGUGAUCCACAGCAUCCAGACUUUCCUGAGCGCUGUACUCCUGGAUCUCCAGAAGUGAAACAUUUUGGAAAAGCACUGACUUUUAAUUCUACUGGCCUUCAGCCAUAUACAACUUACAGCAUCCAAGUUAUCAGUCACAACUCAGCCGGAAAUUAAAGGAUCUCAAUGGAUCAACUUUACCACAAUGAAGGAAGCACCGCAGUACCGAGCGCCUUUCAGCGUCAUCAGUAACCUGACCACCAUCUACCUGGACUGGAGUCACUCCUUUGUCCUCAACGGGGAGCUGAAGGAGUACAUUCUGACCGAGAAUGCCGUCUGGCUGUACAGCGGCCUGCGCAGCAGCCUUCACCUGCCGAGAACUUCGGACAAAACACUGAAGUUCCAAGUGACAUGCAUCACAGACACUGGAAAAGUCAGCACCCCGGUGAUCAAAUACAACGCGGCAACUGGAAUCGGUCCUGUGGAAUCGUCACCUGGAGGGAAGACUGGCAUGCAAGGGGUGAAAACGAAGUUCUACACGGAGCUUUGGUUCAUCAUCCUGAUGGCCGUCCUGGGACUCAUUCUGCUCGCCAUCUUCAUUGCCCUGCUGCUACAGAAAGUUCUGAGUAAAGCUCCCUUUGUAAGAGAGAGGCCACCCUUGGUGCCACUUCAGAAAAGAGCACCCGCAAUCAGCGUUUACCCACCAAGUGACACUGGCAUGUUUGACUCUGUUCCGGAAAUAUCAGCAUCUUCGAGUAGUGUAACCCUUAAAAGCUUUACACUACACCUGGAGGGAUUGACGGACCCCAAGUCUGCUGCGGCCAGACGCCAUGGCGGUAACAGCGGGGAUCGACGCAUGUCAGUUAUUCAUGUGCCAAGUGAAAGCCAGCUAAGCCGCGUCUACUCACAGAGUUCCCUUCAUCGUAGUGUCAGUGAGCUCAUCCAUGACAAGAAGUCUCUCAUCGAAGACUCUGUGUGGGACAACAUUGGGCAGAACCACAGCGCCAAGCUUUUUGAAGAUGAAGACUUCAUCGAUUCCAUCAAAGGUUUCAGCACCGUGAGGAAGGAGCACACGAUGUUCACCGACACUAACUUGUAGACGUCACAGUUUCUCUGACAGCAGACUGGAACACGUAACCUUCUGAAAAUGGAAACGUGUUGAACUUUAACAGCUUUAAGUGAUAGCAAACAAAUUAAACAUUCUGGAUGUUAUUUUUGUGCAUAGAUUAAGUAAAUCGAGUUGAAUUUAUGCCAAACCAUCACCCAGACUCUCUUCUUUAUCGUAGUCUGCCUCGGCUCUUUGGUGCUUCUUCCUCUUUUCUUGUACUCUGGUUGGUUUUCAUCCACUGUUACUCCUGCUCAACCAUCAUGCUGCCCAUUACAAUUAUCCUAACGCUGUAAUCUGGAAGCAGGUGAUGAUGCCAUUCAAAGCAGCCAACUGCAUGGACUGCUAAAUCAUACUGCUGGUGGUAUGCGUGGCACGGCCGAUUGUAUUUUUGUCACUUUCUUCUGACAGCUCAAAAUCGGAGCAGGCAAUACAGAAAACAUCUUCUGCAGAGGACUCGUCUGGACAAGUAUUUGAUGGCUGACCAUAAAUGCAAUCAACUCCAUUUAUCUCAUGGUCUUCACCGCCUUAUCGUGGAUAAACACAAACCAGUGAAUUCCUUCUACGCAUUAACAAGAACAGGCCUUUUCGCCCAACACAGCUCACCAUUCUGUGAAAUAAUGAAGUCGAUAUGUGAAGGUCCCUACAGUCCUACCGUCUAUGACUCUCCGUGGUUACGUAUUCCUUGUGUCUGUGCUUCUCUGUGUGGAUGAAAACUUCCUAACAUUUGUGUGAACAAGAUUCCAAAUGUGUUCUUAUUGAACUCAUCUGAAAGUCCCAGCAUGGACUCACUUUGUGACGACUUUUGUCGAAACCCACCUUGAAAAUGCCAAUAUUGCACUUUCUGCUACAUUUUCUUUGCAGAGUGAAGAAGAAAUAAACAAAUGAGGCUAAGAUUUUAUUAUGGUAAGCAGACGUGUUCAGCUGGCAGGCAGCACAAUGUUCCUUUCUUUAUGUAUUGUUUGUAGAGCAGUCUAAGACUAAACACGUGAAUACAACAGAAACGUCGUUUUUAA